UAGCCUAGGGGUUAAUCGCGGGACGAAGCCACCUUUGCAAAACCCCAUUCAUUCCUCUUCUUCACCAACUCUCUCACUCUUCAACAAAUCCAAUUGCACCACAGUAACUACUCAGUUGUAGAUUUAAUCGAUUUCUCGAAGAUUCGAGUGAAGAAGAAGGACAUGGCUUCUUCGGAGAAUCAAGAAUCCCCAAAUGAAAGACUUGACAACAAACUUCUUCUUCAUUCUUCACCCUCUUCUUCUAACGAUGGAUGGAAAAAUCGAAUCCUUAUUCCAACCCUACUUGCAGGGGUUGCUGGUGCUGGAACUGGAUUGAUAUCAAAGCAUCGAAAAAGUCUUGGUCUUGCUAACGUUUCUGCUAGCUAUGCCACUAAUUUUGCCAUCAUCACUGGUUGCUAUUGCGGGGCACGUGAAUUUGCAAUUGCAACUAGGAAAACUGGACCUGAAGAUCUAUGGAGCUCUGGGAUAGCGGGAUUUGGAUCUGGUGCUCUUCUAGGGCGUUUCUAUGGUGGUCAAUUUGGAGCAAUUCGUUAUUCCGUCAUUUUUGCUGUUGUGGGGACAACAGCGGAUUACACUAUUCUGAAAUUAAAAGAUGUUUGGAGAGAUUACAGUAAAACAAUAUAUGAAAAUAUUGAGAAUGCAAAGAAGAAUGAAAAUUUGUUAAGAUUGCCAGAAUGGUUUCCAAUUAAAAUACUCGAUGAAGAAGCACUUGCUGCGAAACGAGCGCAGGAAGAACAGUUCCUUGCACAGAGGGAGAGGAUUCGUAGCCUAAGGGAUGGUGAAGAUUCUUGAGAAUAUUGGAAUGAAGAAGCUUCCCAUACCCUUAAAUAUUUUGUAUACCCAAAUUGAUUACAUUUUUGUAGUUUGUAAUAAUGUACUUAUUAAGCUGAUUAAGCAAUAAUUUCAGCAAAGAUUUUGGAAGAGUUGGAGUUUUAAGAUUUACAUCUUCGCUUAGGCUAAUGAUUUUCCCCCCUUCCUUUUGUAGUCUUUGUCCAACGAGUACACAAGUAAAGUAAAGAUGAUUGUUAUGUUUCA